AUGUCGAUGUCUAGUUUCGACAUUUUGGUAAAUCUUAUGCGAGAACAUGGACAGAUGGUUGAUUCGCGAUUUCGGAAAACGAUAAGCAUAGAGGAGAGAUCAACUGUAACAUUGAGAACACAAUUUCCGAAUUGUGUAGGAGCCGUUGGCGGCAAACAUGUUCGAUUAAUGUGUCCACAACAUAGCGGAUCAUACGUAAAUCGUAAAGGAUAUCAUUCCAUAAAUGUUCAAUUGGUUUCUGAUCCUGAUUUAAGGAUAAUACAUGUGAAUGCACGAUUCCCUGGGAUUACGGACGAUAAUUAUAUUUUGAACAAUAGCAAUAUAUUGGCAGCCCUAAAAAGUAUUAACGAAUACCAUGGAAAUGGUUUCUAUCUUCUGGCUACCCUGCCGAUAUUCGACGAUACGAGAAUGCCGCGUCUAGACACCCCCGGCAGAAAGGGUGCUGCCAGCACCCAUCCUGGGUCAGAUCAGGAAAAGGGAGUGUAUACAAAUACACUCCUGGGUAGCACGGGAUGGCACUACAAUUUCCGACGGAUGCCAUUGGGCACUCCCCGAAGGGGAAGCCACAAAAUACGAACCAGCCUAUAUUCAUCAGCUGGUGAUAGAGGGCCGCAGGGCCCACGCGGCGGCCUCAUGCUCCCAAUGCAAGAGACGAGCACUAAACCGCGGCAACCCCGAGGAGUGCCUCGAAUGUUCUGGCACAAUAGCCAGGAUACCUUGGCCGGAGUUAGCAGUACGACCGUGCAUAGCGGUACAAGGACCAAGGACCCCCCCUUCCCCGAAUACUUAGGCUAGCCGUGACACAUAGACACUCACCCCUUAUAUUUUAAGUCAUAUAUAUAUAUAUAUAUAUAUAUAUAUAUAUAUAUUCGGUUCUUUAAAAAUUUUUUAUUAUUAUUUAAAUUUGUAUUACUAUUAUACAACGGAAUUAUAUUUUAUUAUAUUAGAUUUUAUUAUAUUUAUACUAUAUGUACAUGUAUGUUCGUUUUAUUAUUAAUAUAUUAUUUCACAUUUUAUUUCAUAACAUGCGUAUUAUAUAUCCGAUUUAUUAUUACUGCUCGCUCGCUACGCUCUCCUCUUUCCAAAAGGAAAGUUCAGUAUUUAUCUCUUUUAUUCAUACCCUAUUGUACCCCAUUUCGCUAAUUUAUUUUAUAUUUUAAUUUUAUAUAGCAAAUCUAUGGGAUAAAAAACCAAGAUUUGUUUUUCGACGAACAAAACCAUAUAGUUAAGUAUAUUAUUUAUAACGCCAUAACGAUCUUUAGUAACAUUGUGCGGUUUGGCAACACACGAGUUGGAGCACCUGCUUUAUACAAGGCAGCCUCUUGAGACUGUCUUGUGUCUGGCAAGGGGGGUGUAACGUGCGGCCCUACCGAACGGUGCCUCACAUCGUCAAUUACCAAACCUUUAGGAAUGCGCACGAACCACGAUUCGGAAUCGUGUUAUUAAACCGAGUCGCGUGAACCGCAAGUCAGCAAACAAGCGUCAGCGAUAUUAGGCUCUUGCGCACGAAUCGCCCAUUGAAUUUGGGACUUGCUCCAGAUUCGGGAAAUGUGGCAAUUAAGAUUCCGAAAUUACGAAUUGCGCUAGGCAAGGAUCUGGGGCUAUAUAAACCCAUGGUCACGACCACGGAGAGCUCUUUAUGUAUUAUUAUUUUGGCAGUCAAUACUCUGUAGUCGCGGACGGGUUAAUCUCUCGCGUUAGUCUCAUGUAGGUAUCGUUUAUCGUAUCUCCGGCUGAGUAAAGAGUUCGCGUAAGUGAGAACAUACGCACUAAAGAUAGUCACCGCGGAGUUACCUACGAAAGUCCGACGUUUAUUAUUCGCCAAUUAUUACAGUCCCGUGUCGCGAGUGUACAACCAGACCAGAUCAACGAUUGGUAUUGUUAAACCAUUUUCAAUCGUAUAAUUUUUAUUCUUGUUUGUAAGUAAUCCCAAACUCAGUUUUGUUUCAUAAUUAUAUUUGUUAAUACUCAAACUUAGUGACAAUUAUUAUAGAAUCCCAAAAUUCCUUUUUUUCCAAUUAAAUACAGAUAAGGUGAGCUUUAGCUCUUUAACCGAAGACAAGAAUCCCUAAAAAAAGUCCCAAACUAGACGUAACACUCCCAAAGAUUUGACACUUAAAUUAGGGACUAACUGUAUAUAGUAUUCUUCUAGCUUCUAAAAAAAAAAAAAAAAUUCAAAUCAUUUAGACCAAUUUCAAAACAGGGAAUUGUGUUUUAAAAGGUGUCUGAAUAUUAAUAUGUGUUAGAUUUGAUGCGUGAAUAUAUAUUUAUUGAGAUGUGCAUUUACCGAAUUACAAUUGGUAGGAUUACAAAAGACAGCGUGUUCUAAGACUUUAGAAAAACCGACGAUCGGGGGACUCCUCCAAAAAGUACGCUAGAGGACACUCUCAUCUGGCGCGAAUUACAAACCAGAAUUCCUUACAAUAUGAGUCACUACAUAAGCCUAAAAUAUAAAUCAUUUGAACGAAGACGUCCAUAGGUAAGUGAGGAAGCAGGUUGCGUUGUAGUAGGUAAGUCGUGAGAUCGAAUCCCACUGGAAGUACCAGAAAUUAAAAGAACUUGUUCAUCGUUUUCAUCGAAUCUAAUCGCCAGAAAUGAGUAUAGUAAAGUAAGA